GAGAUCAGGAGUCAGUAUAAGAGAAGGCUGGCUCUUGUGAAGAAGUAAGCUCAGAGAGGAGGAAGAAUAUAAAGGAAGAGAGAAGCCCUGAUCACGUGAGAGACACACAGACAGGAGGGAUAAACACAGUCUUGACUGAGCCCUUCACGUCGUAACACUACACUAUGGAGCUGUCGCGUCCUGAGCUGUUUGAUUUUCACGGUGUCUCCAUGACUCAUUAUUUCACUGACAACUGGGACAACGUGCAAAACUUCAAAGCCAGACCAGAUGAUAUUCUCAUCGCCACCUACCCCAAAGCAGGUACUACCUGGGUGUCUUACAUCUUGGACCUGCUGCACUUUGGCCAGACUUGCCCUGAACGGCAGUCAUCCAUCCCCAUCUCUGACAGGGUCCCUUUCCUGGAGUUUUUUAUGCAGGGUUAUCCCUCAGGACCUGAGGCACUGGACGCUUUGCCUACCUCGCCUCGUCUCAUUAAAACCCACUUACCUGUUCAGUUUGUGCCGAAGUCCUUCUGGGAGCAGAACUGCAAGAUUGUCUAUGUGGCCCGUAAUUCCAAGGACAAUGUUGUGUCCUUUUUCCACUUUGACCGAAUGAACAAGGUGCAGCCUAAACCUGGAGACUGGGACAGUUUCCUCAAGAGAUUCAUGGAAGGAAAGAUGGUGUUUGGUUCCUGGUAUGAUCAUGUGUGUGGAUGGUGGGAGAAGAAGCAGACAUACUCCAACCUGCACUACAUGUUCUUUGAGGAUCUGGUGGAGGACACGGGUCGUGAGCUGGCACGUUUGUGCUCCUUCCUGGGUUUGUCCACACCAGCAAACGAGAGAGAGAAGAUCAGAGCAGAUGUGCAGUUUGAUGUUAUGAAGGAAAACAAAAUGACCAACUGCUCCACAGACCCUGUGCUGGACUUUAACAUCUCUCCUUUCAUGCGAAAAGGUAAAGUUGGCGAUUGGAAGAACCAUUUCACUGUGGCUCAGAAUGAGCAAUUUGAUGAAGAUUACAAAAGGAAGAUGAAGAACACCACCUUGUGCUUCCGCACAGAGCUCUAGGGCCAAUAAUAUCUAAAUCAGUUCAAAUGUUAUGAGACAGAUUUUGAACAGAGGAGUAGGUUGCCACCUAGUGGUAAAAGCUGGAAACAUCUCUCCUUUUCUCAUGAUUUUUGUAGCUGUUGACACUCCAUUGACAACAUAUUCGUGUUCUAACCCUGCACUGACAGAGGUGAUUCAGGGUUUUUUUUUUUUUGAGAAUUCAAAGAAUUCUCAAAGAGCCCCUGAUUAUUCAGGCCUUUUAAUGCUGUUUUGGAGCAAAUAUGUAGUAAGGAAAAAUAUUAAUCGAAACUUUGAACAUUGACACAAAAUUUGCCAUGAGAACCGUAAAGAUAUUAACCAAACUCAUGUAUGAAAUUCAUGUGUGAAGCCGAUGUUUCAAAAAAUAACAUAAGAUUUUCUACAAAAAUGAGAACUGAGUAAAACACUGUUUUUGGAGUCAUUUGAAACUGUCCUUUUUAAAUGUGAAAAACUGUCGUUGUCAAAUGGACACACCACAGACUGACUCAGCUUUUGCCAUUUAAUUAGAACAUUAAAUGAAAGUUUUAAACAUGCAACUAACCAACUAACUACUGACGCUACUGAUCUACUAAUACUACAUCUACUAAUGCUGAUGACAUUUUAUUUUUGUAUAUUGACCUACGUCAUAGCCUACGAUACAGUAAGUGUUAUCAUCGUACAGUCUACAUACAUCAAACUUGAUGUCGUACCCAAGUUUACUAGAUCCGUGUCGCACAGUGUGGCUAGCAAUAAACUUAUAAGAUUUCUGAAAUCUCACAGUCUGUAGGCGCCUUUAGACCGUAAGAGCUCAAAAAUGUGUGUUUGUACCGUGUUUCUACAGUCAGGGAUUAAGAUUAUAGACACACCUCAUGUUACACUGUAAGCUCCUAAGACUUGAAAUAUGCGCCACUGGUUUUACCACCCAUGUGGGCACUAUUCACAGGAGUACUAAUAAAGUCAAACACAAUGAAACGCA